AAAAGCGGAAAACAAGUGCGUCAGCGUCUACCUCUUCGCGUGAGACUGCGUCGCUUUUGUUAAACUACAGUAACGAGUGUCCUUCCUCAGCUCAAUAGCUACCUCAUUCCUUCUUCGUUUCAACCCUCUUUGAAUGCAUCAAUCCCUUUCAAAACCCUAAUUUCCCAUUUAGCAAAACCCUAACACCUAAUUUCCAAAUGGAGGAUUCCGAGGGAGUCCUCAGCUUCGAUUUCGAGGGCGGCCUCGACGCUGCUCCCCCCGCUGCCGCCGCCGUCUCCGCACCCUCCGCCGGACUUCUCUCUAAUCAAAACGAUUCAACCGCGGCGGCCGCUGCAGCCGCGGUUCCCAAUGGCGCUGCCGCAGCUGCGCCCACUGCUGGAGACCCUGGAGCUGCCGGAAAUGUGCCCGGGAGGCGGAGCUUCCGGCAGACGGUGUGCCGGCACUGGCUAAGGAGCUUGUGUAUGAAGGGAGACGCGUGCGGGUUCUUGCAUCAGUACGACAAGGCGAGGAUGCCGGUGUGCCGAUUCUUUCGGCUGUACGGUGAGUGCCGCGAGCAGGAUUGCGUGUACAAGCACACCAACGAAGAUAUCAAGGAGUGUAACAUGUACAAGUUAGGAUUUUGUCCUAAUGGACCUGAUUGCCGAUACAGACAUGCUAAAUCUGCUGGACCUCCACCUUCUGUUGAUGAGGUCCUUCAAAAGAUCCAGCAUUUAUAUUCUUACAACUACAAUGCAUCGAACAAGUUUUUCCAACAAAGGGGUUCAAACUAUAAUCAACAAGCUGAAAAAUCUCAAUUUCCUCAAGGAAAUAAUUCUACAAACCAAGCUGUUGCUGGAAAACCAUUACAAGCAGAGUCGGGUAAUGUCCAGCAGCAACAAGUUCAACAGGCUCAGCAGCCAGUCAAUCAAAGCCAAGUGCAAAAUGUUGCUAGUGGUCAGCCCAAUCAGGCGAAUAAAACUGCAACUCCUUUACCUCAAGGAAUAUCUAGGUAUUUUAUUGUUAAAAGUUGCAAUCGUGAAAAUUUGGAGUUAUCAGUACAACAAGGAGUAUGGGCAACACAAAGGAGCAACGAGUCAAAACUAAACGAGGCUUUUGAUUCUGUGGAAAAUGUUAUACUGAUUUUCUCAGUCAACCGAACUCGCCAUUUCCAGGGUUGUGCAAAGAUGACCUCCAGAAUUGGUGGUUCUGUUGCUGGGGGAAACUGGAAAUAUGCUCAUGGAACUGCACAUUAUGGGCGGAAUUUCUCUGUUAAAUGGUUGAAGUUAUGUGAACUGUCAUUCCACAAAACUCGCCAUUUGAGGAAUCCAUACAAUGAAAAUUUACCAGUGAAGAUAAGUAGAGAUUGUCAGGAGCUGGAACCCUCCAUCGGUGAGCAGUUGGCAUCCUUGCUUUAUCUUGAGCCAGAUAGUGAGCUUAUGGCUAUCUCAAUUGCAGCAGAGUCUAAACGAGAAGAAGAGAAGGCAAAGGGAGUGAAUCCAGACAAUGGAGGAGAGAAUCCGGAUAUCGUCCCAUUUGAAGACAACGAAGAAGAGGAAGAGGAAGAAAGUGAUGAAGAGGAGGAGAGCUUUGGUCAUGUUGUUGGGCCAGCUGUUCAAGGCAGAGGUAGGGGCAGAGGCAUGAUGUGGCCGCCUCACAUGCCUCUUGCACGCGGAGCCAGACCUAUGCCUGGAAUGCCAGGUUUUAACCCAGUAAUGAUGGGUGAUGGAUUAUCAUAUGGGCCUGUUGGACCUGAUGGCUUCGGUAUGCCCGAUCUUUUUGGUGUGGGCCCUCGUGGUUUUCCUCCAUAUGGUCCUAGGUUCUCUGGUGAUUUUGCAGGACCCCCUGCAGCCAUGAUGUUCCGUGGGCGACCUUCCCAACCUGGGAUGUUUCCAGGUGGUGGAUUUGGGAUGAUGAUGAAUCCUGCACGUCCUCCCUUUAUGGGGGGGAUGGGCACAAAUCCUCCAAGAGCCAGUAGGCCAGUUAAUAUGCCUCCGAUGUUUCCACCGCCACCACCUCCACCUCAAAAUAACAACCGACUUGUAAAGAGGGAUCAAAGAAUUAAUGAUCGGAAUGAUAAAUUUGGUUCAGGAUUAGAGCAGGGCAAGAAUCAGGAUAUGAUGAGUCAAAGUGGUGGACCUGAUGAAGACAUGCAAGGAUACAAAGCACAGCAGGAUGAUCAGUAUGCUGUCAACACCUUCAGGAACGAUGAUAGUGAAAGCGAGGAUGAGGCACCUCGGCGGUCAAGGCAUGGAGAGGGGAAAAAGAGAAGGCGAAGCUUAGAAGAUGCCAAUGCAAGCUCUAAUCACUAGGUAUGGCCCCUAAAUACUGAUGAGUCACUAACCAGGAUGCCGGUUUCUGGUGCUUUUAUUUUUCAAUGUAAUGAAAUGAGGCCAUCAGAUAUAUCUAUGUAUGAGUUAUAUUUAUUUUUCUAGGGAAAACUGGGGUGCUUCAGGAAAAUAAAAAAUGAAAAAAAAGAGGAAAAGGUUCACAGUUACGUUCACAGGUCAUGUAAGUUUUGCAUAAAGUUCUUUGGAUAUUUAUUGCUAAUGUAGUGCGAACAUAGCAUAGGCGACGAUGGAUUAUGAAUAUACUCAAUUGACUGUACCCCUGUCUCUGUAUUUGUAUAAAGAGAUAGUAACAUUAGAGUCCUUAAUGAAAAAGUGACAAGGCAUUUCAUUU